GCGAUGAUUUGAUCACCUCAUCGCUCUCCGGCACUAUAAUAACCGCAGCGACACAGGUAAACAGCAACCAAAACACCAAUUUAGCAUCCAACCAUCGCAAUGGCCAUACCGAUAAUCCCAAACGCUCUACAGCCGGGUGCGACAAUAGCAUUUAUCUCACCGUCAGCACGGUUGAACGAUAAAAUGCCUGAGGUCAUGUCGCGUGCGACCGCCGUACUCUCAGGUAGAGGCUAUAAUGUUCGAACAUUCUUCAACAAGGACACCAGCAUACAAAACAGCAUCUCGAACCGGCUAUCUGAAAUUCGCGCGGCCUUCUCAGAUCCUCAGAUUUCCGCUAUAAUAUGCACAAUUGGAGGAUCAUCAUUCACGGAGCUGCUUCCGGCUCUUAUUGCAGAUACAGAGCUGCACGCCACGAUUCGUGCCAAUCCCAAGAUCGUAGUAGGGUUUUCAGACAUCACUGGUCUACACUGGUUUCUUUACGCACUCACUGGACUACGCACAUUCUACGGUCCAGGCGCUAUACCAGAGCUCGGCGAGGCCUCUUCCGUUGAUGAUGAGGCUUCAUCGCUUGCCUUUUGCGUCAAACAUCUCUUUCGAGUGAUCGAGGAACGAAAGCCCCUUGGUGCUGUUCCACGAUCACUCACAUACGCGGCAGAGCCUGCACAAGUCUUUUCCGAGCCAGGCUCCAAGGAACCGCCCAAAUUGACUGCGAAUCCGGGUUGGAGCUGGCUGCGCGAGGGCAAGGCGCAGGGUCGCCUAUUUGGCGGAUGUCUGACUGUCGUCGCACGACUACAGGCGGUCCCAGCCAUUGUACCCGACUGGCGCGGCCGGAUCGUGUUUCUUGAGACCGCCUUGGGCGAGGACGAACAUUCAGGAAACCCUAUAUAUAGGGUUCAAGCCGGUUUUGCUGAUUUGAUCGCUGCUGGUGUAUUCGAUGAAGCAGCAGGAUUGGUGGUGGGAAGACCAUUUGGCUAUGAUACUGAGGAAGAAAGAGAGCAGUAUACUGGAGUCAUCAAGGGGUUACUCUGCGAAGGACGCCUGGCGCACAAAAAAUUUCCCAUUCUGUUUGGUAUUGAUAUUGGGCACACGACUCCGAUUGUCACGCUUCCGUUUGAUGCGCUGGCUUUAUUGGAUUCGGACAAGGAUCAGUUUCAGAUAUUAGAGCCCGGAGUUGCAUGAACUCCACGUGCUUGAAUACCCGAGAUUCUUAGCGGAUGACAUUGUGAAAUGUGGAGGGAACCCUUCCAAUGAGUGACGAAUUGGCUUGGUGAUGUCUUUGUCUUAUCACGCCUGGUGCGAAAGUGUCCUCUAUACCAUCCAACCAACAGUAGGACUCCUUUAACAUCGACCAGUUGCUAUAGGCUCUUUUGAGAAGAGUUAACCAUGCCAUACAAAAAUGGAAUCAUAGAAUGCUGUUAAGUUCUUCGGAUUUCACAAGUAACCUGGAUUGGGUGAACGAGCACAAUACUCCUGGUUCCUACCAACACAAACUACAUGACCUUCUGAGUCCAGCCACUAGUCUAGCACGACUGAGUCCAUGCCAGCCAACACAAAGGGU